UUGACAUAACUUUAGUGAAUUUACAAAAAUUGGUUGUGUGUAAACGAGAAAAUCUAAAUUAUAAGCAUGGAAGUCUUCAGUGUGCCGGAGGUUGACAUGGUGAUGGUGUCCAAAAACUCACAGAACGAGCGGAAUGAGAUCUUGAAGUUUGUGCCCCGGAUUGGACUUAACAACAUCAGCUACGGCGAAAUGUACAAGGUUGACUCAUUCUACAUGGACUGCCAGAACUACAGGGACCAGUACCGCGACCCCUACAACAAGCUGUUGCGCCCCAAGAGGUUCAGCACUCACAACGGCAAGUGCGGCAUUAAGCUGGACCCACAACUGGAGAUUUUAAAGAAGCGCACUCCCUCGCAUGUGGACCCCAUACCGGUGGUAUAUCCGAUGGAGUACAGCCGCAAAUUAGAGUUUGCUAGGGGCUUUCAGUUGACGGGGCGCCAUGCCAGGGGCAGUGCCUUUGGAUUCCCAGCGCCAUGUGUCCGUGUGCUGGGGCGUUAACUAAAGCUAUCAUCCAAUCUCUGGAUCUAAAUUGCCAGUUUGAAAAAUAAACCAAGUUUGGCAUCUGG